CCCAACUGCAGCCCGACUCGGUCCUCUCUGCAAACCACCCAGGCGACCCGGGGGCGACACGGCUGCCCGGCCACAGUGGGGACCAGACGCCCAGGGCUGCAGGUGCAAAGGCGCCAGAGCCGGGGAGGCCAAACGCGCCGGCCCAGACCGCAGGGGUGUGAGCGGGGCGCCGGCUGCCGCAGCCCGGGGUGCGCAUCCCUCUCCGCCCGUGGUCGCCCAACCCGCGGAGACGCGUGUGCGCCAUCCGGCUCCCGGGGGAUUCCGCGGGUGCAGGGCUUCGCGGCCCGGGCAUCGGGAUUGGCCCGCUGCUUCCCCCGGGAGCCGCUGAUGCAAAGGCAGGUUGGGGCGGCCGAACCCGGCCAGCGCCCUCUAGGCAGCGGAAGUGGAGCUUGCUUUACAUCCGUCCUCCCCGCCUCUCAGAGUUGGGAGAAGGAAGGCUGGGGGGUGUGGAAAAAUAAAAGGAAAAGUCCUUGCACCAUGUAGACCCGCGCCCCCCUACCCUGGCACCCCGGCCGGCCGGGAACCUCCCAGUCUGCGGCCAUGAACGCGAGCAGCGAGGGCGACAGCUUCCCGGGCUCGGUGCAAAUUCCAGGUGGCACAACAGUGCUGGUUGAGCUGACUCCCGACAUCCACAUCUGCGGCAUCUGCAAGCAGCAGUUUAACAACCUGGACGCCUUUGUAGCUCACAAGCAGAGCGGCUGCCAGCUGACCGGCACAUCUGGGGCGGCGCCCAGCACGGUACAGUUUGUAUCAGAGGAGACGGUGCCUGCCACCCAGACUCAGACCACCACACGAACCAUCACCUCGGAGACCCAGACGAUCACAGUUUCAGCUCCAGAAUUUGUUUUUGAACAUGGCUAUCAAACGUAUCUACCCACGGAAAGCAAUGAAAACCAGACAGCCACUGUCAUCUCUCUCCCUGCCAAGUCACGAGCCAAAAAGCCCACGGCCCCAACUGCUCAGAAGAGGCUUAACUGUUGCUAUCCAGGUUGCCAAUUCAAGACUGCCUAUGGCAUGAAGGACAUGGAGCGUCAUUUAAAAAUCCACACGGGAGACAAACCCCACAAGUGUGAAGUCUGCAGCAAGUGCUUCAGCCGGAAGGAUAAGCUGAAGACCCACAUGCGGUGCCACACGGGCGUGAAGCCCUACAAGUGCAAGACGUGUGACUACGCCGCCGCGGACAGCAGCAGCCUCAACAAGCACCUGCGGAUACAUUCCGACGAGCGGCCCUUCAAAUGCCAGAUCUGCCCGUACGCCAGCCGCAACUCCAGCCAGCUCACCGUGCACCUCCGGUCCCACACAGCUUCAGAACUAGAUAAUGAUGUUCCAAAACCAACUUAUCCCUCCGCUGACAGCAGUGAUACCCAGAAAGCCCCUGUCACAGCUCUUCCCUCCGAGUCAAAGGAACAAACAGCGACCCUUGGGGAGAGGACCUUCAACUGCUGCUAUCCAGGUUGCCACUUCAAAACUGUUCAUGGCAUGAAAGAUUUGGACCGCCAUCUAAGAAUUCACACGGGAGACAAACCACACAAGUGUGAGUUCUGUGACAAGUGCUUCAGCCGGAAGGACAACCUGACCAUGCACAUGCGGUGUCACACCAGCGUGAAGCCCCACAAGUGUCACCUGUGUGACUACGCUGCCGUGGACAGCAGCAGCCUCAAGAAGCACCUGCGGAUACAUUCCGACGAGCGGCCGUACAAAUGCCAGCUCUGCCCGUACGCCAGCCGCAACUCCAGCCAGCUCACCGUCCACCUCCGGUCCCACACAGGGGACACCCCCUUCCAGUGCUGGCUCUGUAGCGCCAAGUUCAAAAUCAGCUCGGACUUGAAAAGGCACAUGAUCGUGCACUCGGGGGAGAAGCCUUUCAAGUGCGAGUUCUGCGACGUCCGCUGCACCAUGAAGGCGAACCUCAAGUCACACGUCCGCAUCAAGCACACCUUCAAGUGCCUGCACUGCGCCUUCCAGGGCCGGGACCGGGCCGACCUCCUGGAGCACAGCCGGCUGCACCAGGCCGACCACCCCGAGAAGUGCCCCGAAUGCAGCUACUCCUGCUCCAGUGCCGCCGCCCUGCGCGUGCACAGCCGGGUCCACUGCAAGGACCGCCCCUUCAAGUGCGACUUCUGCAGCUUCGACACCAAGCGGCCCAGCAGCCUGGCCAAGCACAUCGACAAGGUGCACAGGGACGAGACCAAAACAGAGAACCGGGCCCCGCCGGGCAGGGAAGGGCCCCGAGAGAGCGGUGGCCAGCACGUGGCCCAGAUAGUGACCCAGCGGGCCUUCCGCUGCGAGACCUGCGGCGCCUCCUUUGUCAGGGGCGACUCUCUGCGGUGCCACAAGAAGCAGCACAGUGACCACGGUGAGAACAAGAACUCGGGCUUGGUCACCUUCCCGCCCGAGAGCAGUGCCUCGGGGCAGCUGGGCACCCUGGUCUCCGUGGGGCAGCUCGAGACGUCCCUGGAGCCCAGCCAGUGCCUCUAGUUCCGCCAGGGAGGGUGGGCAGCCGUCCGGAAUGCCAGACACGCGCCCCUGCCUGGUCCCCUGCACUCAGGCCGUCGAGCCAGACUUGAGUCACCAGCUGCGGGGACACCUGCUCCAGCUUAAUAGGCCCGCAGAGGCCAUGGCCCCAGUCACCGUGGCCUGAGGGCAGGCAGGCGCCAAGGCAACGCUGUGGAGACCCUCCCCCAUCCGUGUCCCUGUCUUCCCUCCAAGAAUCGUCUAAGCAGGUUGUCUCGGUUCCAAGGUGGGGGGCGUCCAUCGAGCACUGCGCCCUCCAAUAGGGAUAGUUUCUUCGCGAUGGAUUCCAGUUCUAAAACCGAUCCAUCUCUGAUGGAAUUAUGAAACUAAUCAGACCACAUGGAAAAACUAAUACUACACUCAUCUGUAGAGCGGGAAAGGUGAAGGCGAUGGCGGGGUACCUGGAGGGUCUGGGGUGGCCGGAAAAGUUCUGUUUCUUAACCUGGGUGGUGGUUUAUGAGUAUUCGCCUUCUACGUUUUUUGUGUGGUUCCUUUUAUCUGUUGUCUUAUAAUAAAAAGCAAGCUCAUCUGUAGAAUGGUGUAAGAGGGACACUCCAUUUUUAUGGUCUCCCAUAGACAGGUUAUGGUGUGGGGUUCUGCGGCGCUGCCCCGGCCCCAUAGUAAUUUUCUCUAUAAAUGCACGUAGGAGCUCUGUGUCUUAGUGCUGUAGUGAAGCGAAAUGCAGUUUGAUCUGUAGGUGGCGCCAAAGAUCAAGCUGACGCUAGCUCAGCCUGUAAUUGUGUGUUGUGAAAUUCAACCUUGGCCUACUUCUGUUCAUAAAAAGAGAUGAGGGGCCCAGUGGGUCCUGGGCUUGGUUCUGGGACAUAUGAUGCGUGGGAAAGCCUGAGACUAGUGUCUUUCAUCACAGUAAGCCCUUGGUGUUUGCUGAACCAACAAACGAGAAACCCCAAACCUCUUGUAAAUGGACAUUUCACUUGACGGAAACUUAGGAGGCCAUGGAAUGCCAGUGGAUAUAUAAUUUAUCCAAAGUUGCUUUGUUCUUUUCUUCAAAUACAGUCUUUGUUUAAUACAAAUUCUUGUGUGCCCUCAUCAAGCUAAACAUCUGUGCUUUUAAAACAUUGAAUAGAUCCAUUGUUUUUGAUAAACUAGAAACAAGGAUGUGAAAACAUUUUUUUAUAGAUUGUAUGCAGGGGACUAUGUCACUUAUGAAAUAGAGGUACAGAACUUAUUUUAGAAAUUUUGUUUGAACAAAUCUGAUUCCAUUUAAGUCUGACUUCAGGCGAGUUAUAACGCACUGUUGGAUCUUUUUGUAAGAAGAAAAGAUGAAAAUGAUAGAGAGAAUUAAUCAUUUCUUUGCUUUAGAGCUAUUUUUGGUUGUUCAGAAGUGUUUUGUUACUGAAUGCUGGUGCAUUGUACAGAUUCUUUUGUCACCUUUCUGCCGUUUGUCAAAGAGUCUUAUCUGUGUUUCUGUUCUAGUAACAGAAGGGCUGUUGACCUUUCAAGUGGGAACCGAUAGAUCGAAAUCGUAGAGACAUUGCUUGUACUUCUGGUGUUAUAGCUCUUCAGAUAAACAGGAAAAAUAUCAGCCUCUUUAGAAGACAUUUUUUCACACCUGUAUGGGCAUCAAGGGUCUUGGAUCCACGCUGGUAUCACAGCAAAUUUGGUUGCCCAGUAGAGCGGAGGUCAGCAAAAAGUUUGGGAUCAGAUAGUAAAUAUUUGAGGCAUUAUGGAGCCAUUAGGUCUGCUUCGUGACUAAGCUCUCUGCACAAAAGCAGCCAGACUAUAAGAAAAAGAACAUGUCUGUGUUCCAGCAAAACUUUAUAAAAUGAGGAUGAGACUUAAAAUAUACAGCUAAUCACCAAAUAAAGCUGGGAAGCAGCCAUAGUAGGUAAGAGGCCACUGACAUGGUUUCUGCACCCAGCUCUGUUUCGCAAGGUCAGUAUGGAUCUGAAAGGGGAAAUUGAUUAAUGAAUAUGUUUGCAGUUUGACGUCACCUGGACCAGGGGUUGGCGAACUUUUUCAGUAAAAGACCAGAUAGUAAAUUUUGGGGGCUUUGCUGGCCUUAGUCUCUGUUGAAACUACUCAACUCUGUUCACCUCUGUGGCACAAUCACUCAACUCUGCCAUUGUCACCGAAGCAGCCGUAGAUAACAGGUAAGUGAAUGGGUAUAGCUGUGUGCCAAUAAAACUUUAUCUACAAAAAGCAGGCCAUGAUUUGGAGGGCCAUCUUUUGCUGACCCCUGAGCUGGGCUAUUGAGUGCAAGCAACGGGGUAAUUGCUGAUGGGUGAAAACAGGAGAAAUACUGAGAAUGCCAAGUUUCCUGGGAUCCCUUUAAGGAAGGUACAGCUUCGUGCAAGAGAUAGGCAAGUUCCAGCUUAGGCACUGGGAAAAGCUGCGUCCUUUUGAUCCUUAGGCAGUGUAGCUAUAAAAUCUCCAGUGAAGAGUCCAGAAAUCAAGAUGUUACCCUCUUGCUCUCCUCUGAUUAAGGUUUCUUGCUGCCUUCUAAACAUUGCAGAACAUGAAUUUUUUGUUUGUGCCUGGGUUUAAUUUCUUAAAAAAGUAUGCUCCUCAAUUUCUGUUGCUGUGUUGUUGUGAGUCCUUACUCUGAGCCAGACACUGUGCUGAGAACGUGACCUGUGUUAACUCAUCUACUUCUCCCAGGUGCCAUCCAGAGCUGGAACUAGGGUGAGACAAGGGAGGCACUUGCCUAGGGCACUCAAAACUCAGUAAGCACUCGUUUUAAAGCAGUAUUUUUUUAAUUGGAAAACUAUGGCCCACAGGUCAGCUGCUUUGUUUUUGUAAAUGAAGUUUUAUUAGCAGUUGGCCUGGGAAUUAAGGCAGGACCAUGCAGGGGCAGACUUGGGCCUAUCUUUAAGAGUGUGAUGUUUUUGUUCAUUGUGGACUUUUCUGCGUUACGUUUGGUUUUUAGGAAAAUUGCAUUAAAAUAGUCACCUUGAUCAGUGAGAUUUUUGGUACCACUUUCUAUUUGCACCAGAGGGGAUUGCCUCAACCACCUCACCCUAGUCUCUGCCUCUUGUUCGGAUACAAAGGUGAAGAAACUUCUAGAACAGAGUUGGGUGUCAGUCCCAGGCAGUGUAGCUCCAGAGUCCACAUUUUUAACCAAAGCACUAGGCUGGGUUUCCAAUUUUAAAGUAUACAUAUUUUGUUAGAGUAAUAAGUUGAUCUGAGUAAGGUGAUGACAGAACCAUCCAAAAGGAGCCUUCUUUUGUUAAAAGGUAACAGGGUUGAGGAGAAAGGAGGUAAGAACAACCCUGCCUCUGGCACUACUGUCUAGCUGAC